GUGCGCCCGCCCUACGCGCGGACGGACCCAGCCCCUCUUGCCGUCCGGGUCUGGGCGCGAACCCGUCGCUCCCGCGGGGACCCAACGGAGCACCUGAGGACUCGCGACCGAGCCCGGUGGGUCGCUUGGCCGCAGGUCGGGCGCCAUGGAGGCCUUUACGCGCUUCACCAACCAGACCCAGGGCCGGGACCGGCUCCUCAGAGCCACUCAGUACACAUGCAUGUUGCUUAGAUAUUUGUUAGAGCCUAAAGCUGACAAAGAGGUGGUCAUGAAGCUCAAGAAACUGGAGUCUAGUGUGAGCACUGGUCGUAAAUGGUUCAGGCUGGGCAACGUGGUGCACGCCGUGCAGGCCACGCAGCAGAGCAUUCACGUCAUGGACCUGGUGCCCCGCAUAUGCCUGACGCUGGCCAACCUGAACCGCGUGGUCUAUUUCAUCUGCGACACCGUGCUGUGGGUGAGGAGCGUAGGGCUCGCCCCCGACAUUCCCAAGGAGAGAUGGCGCCUGUGGGCCGCACGCCAUUACUACUAUUCCCUCCUGCUGAGCCUGGUCAGGGAUCUGUAUGAAAUCUCCGUGCAGAUGGAGCAGGCGGCGCGGCACAGGGCGGAGAGAGAGACGUCGUCCUCCCAGGAUCCUCUGGGGUACAGCGUGGCCGAUGAGGAGACAGAAUGGCUGCAGUCCUUUCUCCUGCUCUUAUUCCGCUCCCUGCGGAAGCACCCUCCCUUGCUCCUGGACACGGUGAAGAACCUCUGCGACAUCCUGAAUCCCUUGGACCAGCUGGGCAUCUGUAAGUCCAACCCUGGUGUCAUUGGCCUGGGAGGGCUGGUGUCCUCUGUAGCAGGCAUCAUCACCGUGGCCUGGCCUCACCUGAGGCUGAAGACCGCCUGAGGCGGGACAAAGGAAAAGUUGGAACAACUGUUUUUCCUUGGUCCACAUUCUCUACUGAAACAGAUUAAUUACGUCUAAUUAAAUUUCUAGACAAAGCUGACUCACGUAUCUGUGACUGUGUCCUGGGAACGGAGAAGAGUGUGAAGGAAG